AUGAAUGGUGUAUUGCUCGUAAUCCUCGAAUCUACUUGGUCUUCUAAUCAGUCUCUUGGGUUAACAAAGAAACAAGCCUCUCGAGCCCUCCAAGCAACAAACCGUCACAGUUGCUUGAAUCUCAGGUUACUACAGAACAACAACAUCUCUGGCAAAAUCCCAAGGGAGCUUGGUAUACUUCCCAAACUUCAGCCUUUAGAUCUUUCCAAUAAUAGAUUAUGUGGGGUGAUACCAGGGUCUCUCAGUCAGUUAAAUAGUCUUCAGUACCUGAUUUUGGGUUUGGGUGUUGUAGGAAAGAAAUUUGCUCUGAUUCUUUGCUGGAACUUGGUCGUGUUUCUUCCUUGGAUCAAGUGUUGGAACAUGAUGUCAGAGGUACAUAAAAGAGUGCUAGCUCACCCACCAUCACAAGAAGAGUCUCGCCAAGUAGAAAGAAAGGAGAAUUAAUUAAUUGAUCAUAGCAAAUUUGAGAGUGGCUUGGACCACGACAGAUGGGACCGCCUUGUCGAGAUGAGUCGAGCGACGGUGGUCUCGUCGAAAAAAUCUCUAGAGCGAUGGUCAAUGACGAUCGGCAGUGGUCAAC